AUGAUUGAAUUUGCUCGGGCACUCGAUGCCCACUGUGAUUGCUCCUCCCGAGAGCUCGCCGCCGCGAUCAGAUCGAGCAAAAACUCGCGCGACCUCGAGCGCGCCCACUCGAAGAUCCUCGCGAGCGCCCACAAGCACGAUCGCUACCUCGCCAAUCUCCUCAUCCAGAUGUAUGGGCGCUGCGGUGACCUAAUCUCGGCGCGGGCGGUGUUCGAUUCCAUCCACGCACCGAAUGUUUUCUCGUGGACGCUCCUCCUGGCCGCCUACGCGGAUGCCGGGCAUCUUUUGGACGCCGCCGCCGUGUUUGAUGCCAUGCCCGAGCGCUGCGCCGUGACGUGGAACACGAUGCUAGCGGCAUAUUCCAGAUGCCAGGGUACUCGCGAGGCGGCGGCAUUGCUCGCGAAUAUGCCCGAGCCGGAUGUUGUCUCUUGGACUACUUUGCUCACAGCAUAUGCCAGUGUUGGGCAUUUUGAGCAGGUGAAAAGAGUGUUUGAUAGAAUGCCGUGUUGGAACUCGCAGUCGUGGAAUGUUAUGAUUGGAGCAUGCGCUAAAAGCGGGAAUCGUGACGCUGCUGAAAGAAUAUUUUGCGAGAUGCCUUUUCCGGAUAUCGUCUCGUGGAACCACCUUCUAUUUGCGACUGCUCAGAAUGGGCAUUUUGACAAUACAAAGAACGUGUUUAAAACUAUGCCAUUGCAUGACAUUGCUUCUUGGACGACAGUUGCAGGCAUGUAUUUUCAGCACGCCAACUUUGUAGAAUCUAAAGAAGUCUUAGACGAGAUGCCAGAAUGGAACAUUGUUGUGUGGAACUCUUUCUUUUCAGCAAAUGCCAAAAGCGGGCAUUGUGAAAGUAUAAAGAGGCUAUUUGAUUCAUUGCCAGAGCGUGACAUCUUCUCUUGGAAUUCGAUGCUUGCAGCGUACGCGCAGACCUCACAGCCCCGGAAUGCUCGCGAGAUCUUCGAAUCCAUGCCCGAGCAUGACACGAUCUCCUGGAACACGAUGAUCGCCGCCUACAGCCACGAUCACUCCCACCUCGAGGAUGCCCGCAGCCUCUUCGAUCAAAUGCCGGCGUGGGACAUCGUCUCCUGGAACUCGAUGAUCGCAGCCUACGCUCGCAAUGGGCGAGGCGACGAAGCCCUCAGCUUCUUCGCGGGAAUCGAUCACCCGGGAGCUCGCAGCGAGGCCACAUUCGCAGCGGCGCCGCCAUCCAUGCCCAGAUCGCUAGCGGCGCUGGAUCCAAUUCCACGCCUCUGA